AAUUUCGUUUAAUCAAACUUAAUAAAUUAAAAAAAAUGUAAUCAAACAAACGCAAGGCAAGCUAGAGACGGCCAUGGUUACAUCGAAGCGCAUCAUCAUCAUCAUCAUCAUCUAUUUCGCAAGAAAUGAAGGCCGGUUUCUGAACUAAAAAAAAUAGUUUCUUGCCCGAGAAUAUUUCCUAUAACCUGUUAUUUUCUUUUCAUGUCCGGUCCUCCGUCUUUUUCUCUCAUUGUUUCUUAUUGAAUAGCAGCUUUCGAGGCUGUCUCUUGUCGCUGUUAUCUGUUUCAGGAGUAGGAGGGUAUGGCUAUUUCAAGUUUGAAUGGAUAAUUGAUCUUCUUCGUUUUCCUAGUUUGGAUUGUGAAGUACUGGCUAUUUGGUUUUCUGGGUUUGCUUCGUUUCUUUACUUGGUGAAUUGGGUGUUGAAGGAUUAGUGGAGAUUUGAGGCUUUAGGGGGUUUGAGUAUCUCGUGUAUUCAACUGGGUCUUGAUUUUUCAGAAGUGGGUGUCAAGGAAUUCGUGAACUUUCUCACUUGAUGGUAUGAAUUAGAAGUCAUGAAUGGAGUAUCAGCUCAGUUUCCAUCAGAGGUUCAAGCAUGUUGUCAGUUUCUGAAUUGGGUUUUUAAGGCUUUGGUCUGAUUUCGAACUGAACUUACGAGAGAUGGAUUUGCUUGAUUGAAAGUCGAGAAAAUUCUCAAGGUUUGGAUGGGUUUCUUUUCUUAAUUGUUGGCCUGGGGAAGAACUCAAUUUCAGUGUUGACGGUUCUUUAUAAUUUAAACUAAUUGAAUGUGAAGACUACUGGGUUGAAUAUCACAAGUUCUGCAAUUUCCACUUAGUGUUUUCACAUCUUCUGCUUCUCAGCUUUGGUUCGUGGCAGCUUCCAUAGAUUAGGAUUCUUUCAUUUAUUAGCUUGUUUCUCCAAGAUGGAAAUCAAGCAGUUUAGUAUGUUGAAAAUGGCUAGUGCUGCGUUUAGUCUACUGCUAUUAAUGCAUUUAGAGAUAAUAUUUGCAUCCGGGUUUGUGAUACAAUCGAAUUACUGUGGUUCUGUCUACUUAGCCUACUCGAUUAAUUCGUAUCGAGAUGAAUCGUUUUACAUAAAUGGGAACCUAGUUGACAAAGUUUUGUUCUGUAAAGCCGUUCAGUUCCACUCUGCAAAUGGAUGCAUCCUCAAACACUUUGCCUGGAAUGAUUAUUGUGCAUUAAUACACCAUUCACCAGAUGACUUCCGGCUCAAAGCAGGAAGAAAGAUUUUGCAGCAUGAGGAUAAGGAUGGUAAGGAAAUUCAUCCAGGAGAGAUGAGGAAUGUUCACAAACCAAUGUCAACCCUGAAAAAGGUUAGCUUUGCAGCGGCUGGUGUUUUUUCCUUAUGCUGUGCUUUUCUCUGUCCUUGCUUCUAUAAGCGAAGAAAACCACCUCCACAUACAGCUCUCGCAAAGGAUCAAAAUUCAAUGGAUUCAACUUCUCCGUUUGAAAUAAACACUGCAUCUGAUAAGAUUCCAGCCAGUCCACUUAGGGUACCGCCUAGUCCUAAAUUCUCAUUGUCUCCGAAACUCAGUGUAAUCGGACCAAUUCAUCUCAGUAUGGUUCAGGUUGCUAGAGCAACCCACAAUUUCUCACCAUCCCUACAAAUUGGUGAAGGUGGCUUUGGGACUGUUUACAAGGCGCAGCUGGAAGAUGGCCAUGUGGUUGCCAUAAAACGAGCCAAGAAGGAACAGUUUGAGAGCUUGCGAACUGAAUUCAGCAGUGAAGUUGAACUUUUAGCCAAAAUUGAUCAUCGGUGUUUGGUGAGGCUACUUGGUUAUGUUGACACAGGACAUGAACGCCUUAUCAUAACAGAGUAUGUUCCAAAUGGCACUCUUAGGGAGCAUUUGGAUGGUCGACGUGGUAAAAUCUUGGAUUUUAACCAGAGGCUUGAAAUUGCGAUUGAUGUGGCUCA